AGCGCACUAUGAACAACCAAAACCAGCAGCCACCGGUCAACCUCUCGGACCCGCAUCUACAGGCCCGCCUCGCCCUCCUCGCAGCCCAGCAACAGGGCCUUGCAGACCGGCAGCCAGUCUCCCAAGACCACAUCGCAGCAAUGGCUGCUGCCAUGGGCUCCAUGCAAGGACAGAACAGGGAUGCCAUCAUGAAGCAGUUACAAGCGCUCCAGAACUCACAAGCCCACCGCGCAAAGCUCGCGGCUCAACAGACAGCCAACCAGCAGCCGCAGCCCGGACCUAGCGCCCCAUCGCCUGCAAACCAGCCGGGUUUAUCUGCACCAUCGCCGAUUACCGCACCCUCCCCCUCCAACCCCCUCCAUCAAGAUAGCUUUCAACAUCCGGGCAUGCCCAGAUCUGGCUCAGGCGAUAAUCUUUUAAAUCAGCAACAACAACAGCAGCAGCAGCAGCAACAACAACAACAACAGCAACAACAACAACAACAACAACCGUUCAUGUCGCAACAGCAACGCGAACUGUUUCUAGCACAACAACGAGCUCAUCAGCAGCAAAGCAUGGCUGGACCAUCUGAUGGCUCUGUUCGUCCACCAUCACAGGCUCAGCCAAAUUUACCCGGUCAACCUCAAGGCCAGUCACCACGACAACCGCUCAGCCACGUGCAACAGCGACAAAACUUUUUAAAGACAUUUAUGGGCUACUUUCAAAAUAUCGGACAACAGCCGCCCCCAGCCAUAUUCGAUAACGGCGAAAGAGAAGGAGCGUUCAAAGUUGGAGACGGAUGGAUGGACGUCAUUGAUCUGCUGAUGGCCGUCAUGAAGGCCGGUGGUAUUAUGAAUGCGAUGCAACAGCCAGCAGACAGUCCCACAUGGCGCAAUCUUUUAGCAGUCAAGAACAUCCCCACGACUCUCCCUUACCCCAUCCCUGCUCCCAAGCCCCCCAAUUCAGAUCCUAAUGCCCCUCCUACAAUGACGACCGAUCCUGUCCAGUACCUCACCGCUGCCUACUUUGCCUACAUCCACGGGUUUGAGACACAUAUGCAAAAAACAAGGCAGGCUUCGUAUGCUAGGCAACAGGCAAUGGCCAUCGCCCAAGGUAGACCGCCUCCACCGCCACCCGUCAUGCCUAGCCUGGCCGGUUUCAGACUUCCAGGACAAGCCCCUAGCCCUGCAGAAAGUUGGUCAUCAGCCCAGGCACAGACACCAGCUCCGGCCGUCCCUUCUUUACCGCCACCCCUCAAUACAUCAGCACAACCACCACCUGCCUCCACCGCUCCCACGCCUACUCAUCCCGCGCCUUCACCAAGUGAUUCUUCUACAAAAUCUUCGACUACAUCUGGCCCACCUCGAGCGAGAAAGGCAUCCAGCAAAAAGGAAAAGAAGGAUCUGUCUGUCAACACCAAUGUGCCAAGCCCAAUUGACGGAGAAGCAGAGACGCCUACGGGCAGUUCUGGCGGGAAAAAGAGGAAGAGGAAGAAUGCGAAUGCACCUCAACCAGAAACCGCCUCUACACCCGCUCCGCCCCCAAUUGUUUCUACUCCUGCCCCCGAACCUCCUGCGGAACCAACCAAGCGAGCACGCUACCGUGUCGAAUACCGUCCCAUCAACUUUCCUGUGCAGACAUUUGCCGGCUGGGAACCUUCCAUGGUCUCCUCCACUUUCCCUAAACACUCCCUUCGACAAGGUACCCGCCCUAUCCAUGAUCUCGCAGUGGUCGACAUGGAGGCCAUAUUGAUGGGCCUGAGAAGCCGUAUGCCAAAGGAACUGGGUUAUGCGGUCACAGUUUUAAAUAUGCUGUCAAUGUCGCACCCCGAAGAGAAUAUCAACGGCCUGCCGCUGCAUCACCUGAGAGAGAUUUUCAUCGAGCUCUUGGAUUUGACGGAAGAGGCCGCAUUUGGGGAUGGAGGGCGGAGUGGAUGGCUGAAAAGUUGGCAUGAUCUGAAUGACGUCAAGGAAGAAUCGGCUGCCGACGAUAAGAACAGCUGUAUGGACAAUCUGAACAAGAUGCCGUUUUUCGAACUAGAACGAUUGGGAAGGGAUUUUGAUUUCUCGGUAUACAAGGAUGAGGAAGAGUAUCAAUGGAGAAAAGAGGAAACGAGCGGGAGCACUGGAAUCGUUCUCGCGUGUAUCAAUAUGCUCCGCAACUUUUCGAUGCUUCCAGACAAUCAAGAACUCAUGGCAUCCUAUCCUCAAAUGAUCAACCUCUUAGCUUCCAUCUCAGAUGCCCGAUUGUGUCGUUUGCCCGGAGAGAAUUGCACCAAAAUCAAACGACCAUUUUCCAUCAUAGAACUCGCCCGAAUCCGCCGUGAUUGCGUCAGCAUCCUUGUCAACAUUGGCGAGUACGUUGAGCUCCCUCGGGUACCCUCGUCUUCAAGCCUUGCCAUCUUCCGACUCUUAUCCACCUUUAUCGCAUCAGGCUGGGAGUCCAAUGCCCUUAGUGAGCCUGUUUAUGGUCCCACGCUUUCAUCAUCCAUCCGCGAUGUCGGUCCGCCCACCGUCGUCCCAUCCAUUGACCGUGCCCUCGCCGCUUUUUCCCUUCUUGCCCAACCAGAUGCAAAUCGCGAGGCACUGGGGUCGUCUGUUCCCCCUUCAGAGCUGAUAGACAUGUACGAGUCCCUUCUCAAGCUCUUACCCGUCACCAAACGCCAAUUCGAAGCGAUGCAUAGCAUCGAAGAAACCUUGGGCUACAACGAAACACUAGCCCUAUGCCUUUACUCCCUGGCCUUUCUCUCUCCCUUGCAUGUCAGAGCAAGUAUGCGCAACGUACCGGGAAGCGUACCGCUUCUCACCCGCAUCAUCUUUGACACCGCUCUUCAAAAAUCCGACUAUCGCUCAAACCCUUUCGGAAUCCUCUGCCGUCGCUUAUGCGAAACCCUAGGCGUCCUCAACGGGACCGUCUCGCCAGCAGGCACUGUUGAAGGGCCAUCUGGGAUGGGAUUCGGCGCAGGAGGGAUCGAAGGUAGCGGCUGGAAGUUUGCUAGUGGAAGGGUGGAAAACGGAUGGUUGGCAGGUAAAGAAGAAGGUGUGUUGGGUGCUAUUUUAGGCGUAAAAGGAAUGAGUUGGGCCGCGUUGGGAGAGCUGGACGGUAUGGUCUGGGGUGGUGAUUCGAUAUAAAUAAAAUAAUGAUAAUAAUAAUAAUAGAGUGGAUAAUAAUAGAGUGGGCUAUAAUUCAUUCAUGUCGUGUAGUAUAAUUAUAUGUAGUAGUCAGCCACGCACGGAUGUGGUGUAAUAUAGCUUAGCUGGGGUAUAAAAUAGUGGAAGUCAUCUUCUAUAUAUGUAUCAUUGA